AUGCCGGUUGUUCACGUAGAUAAAGAAGAAUUUUACAAGGCUCUCGGAAAGGAAUAUUCCACGGAUGAAUUUAGUGAAUUAUGUUUCGACUUCGGUCUCGAGCUUGAAGAAGAUACCUCUGAAAAAGAGCUGGCUAUCAGAGAAGUAGGUACAAUCAAAGCCGAGGGUUUAUCUGAAAAGCCUAUCUUGAAAAUUGAAAUCCCCGCCAAUAGGUAUGACCUACUUUGUCACGAAGGCAUUUCACGUGCAUUUUUAAUUUUCCAAGGAAAGGCAAAGCCACCCACUUACAAAGUGGUUGAUCCUAAAGAUGGGCAAAUACAAAUAACCGUAAAAUCUGAAACUGCGCAAAUUCGACCCCAUGUUGUUGGCGCCAUACUACGGGAUAUAUCUUUUAACGAAAAAAAUUAUAGUAAUUUUAUCGAAUUGCAAGAAAAGUUGCACAUCAAUCUCUGCAGAAAGAGAACGCUUGUUGCUAUCGGAACACACGAUUUAGACACACUUAAACCUCCUUUCACUUAUGAGGCUCUUCCUCCAAAAAGCAUUAAAUUCGCACCGUUAAACCAACCUAAAGAAUACGAUGGGGAAGAAUUGAUGAAAUUUUAUGAGGCUGAUAAACAUAUCGGAAAAUUUCUUCAUAUUAUCCGUGAUUCUCCUGUUUAUCCUGUGAUUUAUGAUACAAAUCGGGUCGUUUGCUCUUUACCUCCAAUCAUCAACGGCGAUCAUUCAAAGAUUACGUUGAACACAAAAAACGUUUUUAUUGAAUGUACUGCAACUGAUUUAACAAAAGCAAAAAUCGUAUUAAAUACAAUUGUUACAAUGUUUUCUGAAUAUUGUGCGGAACCCUUCACUAUAGAACCUGUCGAAGUUAUAUAUCCUGAUGGAAAAAUAUGUACUUAUCCUGAUCUUUCACCUCGUUUCAUAAAAGUUAAAGCUGAUUAUAUUAAUGCGUGCAUAGGUGUAAUGCUCACUUCUUCAGAAAUUAUAACGUACUUAAAUCGCAUGGCACUUUCUGCUAAAUUGGUUAAUGAAGCAGAACUUUCGGUGGAAAUACCACCAACUAGAGCAGAUAUUUUACACGCAUGUGAUGUUAUGGAAGAUGUUGCUAUAGCUCAUGGAUUUAAUAAUAUUCCAAAAAAAACUCUGAAAAUUAUCAAUUCGACUGGCAAAGCAUUACCUAUUAAUAAAUUAAGUGAUUUGGUUAGAAAAGAAAUUGCUUUAUCAGGCUGGAGUGAAGUUUUACCUUUAAUUUUGUGUUCACAUGAUGAGAACUUUGCGUAUUUGAAUAAAAAAGAUGAUAAUUCUACGGCCGUGAAAUUGGAAAAUCCAAAAACUUUAGAAUAUCAAGUUGUUCGUUCUUCUCUUUUGCCAGGAAUUUUAAAGACCGUUAGAGAAAAUAAGAAGCAUGCAUUACCUAUUAAAGUUUUCGAGGUUUCUGAUAUAGUUUUGAAAGAUGAUUCUUUGGAAAGGAAAACAAGGAAUGAAAGACAUGUUUGUGCUAUUUAUUGCGCAAAAGUUUCAGGAUUUGAGCUUAUUCAUGGGCUUGUUAAUCGUCUUAUGGAUAUGCUUAAUGUUAAACUUGUGUCUGUUAAUGGAGAUGAUGUUGGAUAUUAUAUAAAAGAGUCAGAAAAUCCAACAUAUUUUCCUAAUAGAUGUGCAGAUAUUUUUCUACGUAGGUCUUCGAAGUCAUCAUCAAUAGUAACGAGUAAAAUUGGUAACUUUGGUAUACUUCAUCCUAAUGUAUUAGAAAAAUUUGAAAUAAUGUAUCCUUGUUCUGUCGUAGAAUUUAAUUUAGAAGAAUUUAUUUAA